CCGGCGCGCACGGCGGAAUCAGGCAGCGGCGGCGUGCGAGCUCGUCGGCUCCUCACCACGGCCCGCCGGACUGCGGCACGGCUCCCUCAGCCGCAUCGCGACGCGCCCUAGGCGAGCCGAGCAACCGGCGGCCAUGGGCGGGGAGGAGGAGGUCGUGCGCAUCGCCAAGCGGCUGGACAAGAUGGUCGCCAAGAAAAGCGCGGAAGGGGCAAUGGAUUUGCUGAAGGAGCUGAAAAGUAUGCCAAUAACUCUGGAUUUGCUGCAGUCCACUCGCAUAGGGAUGUCUGUGAAUGCACUCCGGAAGCAAAGCACAGACGAAGAUGUGAUCGCACUUGCCAAAUCGCUUAUCAAGGCCUGGAAGAAACUCCUUGAUGCCUCAGAGGAUAAGAGUGACGAGAAGAAAAAGAAUUCCUCCUUGCCAACUUCCUCCUCAAAGGAGAGUGGCGACUCGAGAGACCAAAGCUCCGCCAAAAGGCAGGACCUGCCGAAGACCCCCACCACACCCAAGAUCACCACCUUCCCACCAGUGCCUGUCACAUGCGACACGGUGCGCAACAAAUGCAGAGAAAUGCUGACUUCCGCUCUGCAGACAGACAAUGACUAUGUGGCCAUCGGUGCCGACUGUGAGCAGCUUGCAGGCCAGAUCGAAGAAUUUAUAUACCAAGAUGUCAAGAACACAGACUUGAAGUACAAGAACCGGGUCAGGAGCCGCCUCUCCAACCUCAAGGACUCCAAGAAUCCUGACCUCCGAAAGAAUGUCCUGUGUGGAGUGAUCACUGCAGAGCAAAUUGCGGUGAUGACCUCGGAGGCUAAACAUAUCCAGCUCCCUAAGCCGUUCCUCAUAAGGCAUCGUUUCCAGGCCUUUGACCAUUUUGGUUGCCCUCUUCUGGACACGUUCCAGCUUGUCAGUAUCCUUCUUGAACUGUGGUGCCCAGAACUGGACACAGUACUCCAGGAAAUGGCCAGCAACGAGCUGAAAGAAAUCCGGAAAGCCAUGACCAAGGAGGCCAUCCGGGAGCAUCAGAUGGCGAAGACGGGAGGGACCCAGACUGACCUCUUCACCUGCGGGAAGUGCAAGAAAAAGAACUGCACCUACACCCAGGUGCAAACCCGCAGUUCAGAUGAGCCAAUGACCACUUUUGUUGUGUGCAAUGAGUGUGGGAACCGCUGGAAGUUCUGCUGAGAUGUCCCGGACCAGAGCAUCAGCUGCAGCCGCCAGCGCUGGGCCGGAUCUCUGCCAUACAUUCCCCCACCACCGCCAGCAACUUUUGUACUGUUUUUGUCGCCGAGUUUGCUUUGUGCUCUCUACAUCAUCCAGAGGAGAGGAGGUCCCAGCUGCCUGCACACCUCUGGAAAGAGCAGCAGCCGGGGUUGGAGGCUGGGAGGGGGCCAGAUGGAGAAUUUGUGUGGACUUGACCACCUUUGGAGUUUCUCAUCCUGAAUCAGUAUUUUGUGAGGGUCUGGAGCAGUAUUAAACGUUUUUUUUUUGGUUUUGGUUUUUUUAAAAAGAAAUUUGGCCAGGUGUCUCGUCUUGAGCAUACGGUAGCUUCUUCUGACACCCCUUUCUUGUGCCCUCUCUCAAAAGCUCAAACGAAUGUCUGCCUCACUCUGUUAGCACAGAGGCAGGAGAAGGGGAGACGUAGGAAGCCACAUUUGCAGCCGCUGCAACCGAGGCUUAUGUCUAUGGAAUAAAAUUCUAUGGGCAAUUCUUAGUUGAGACCCCUCCGCACGCUUGCCAGACCACAACCCAUAAGGAGUUCCUUUUGGGGUGGGGGUGACAAUGAAACCAGUUUCAAAGCAGAUCUUCUCCCAGAACCAGGCAGUACGACAAGACGCCUCAGAAAAGGUGUCGCAAAAGAAAGGUAUGUGAGGGGGAUGGAUUCAGAGCAACGAAGCAUACCGAAUAAGAACCUCAUGAGGACUACCUCCAUUAGGAAGUGCUUGACACCGGAGAGGGGGUAAAGUCAGGCUUCGUUCUCGUGCUUUGCCCUCCAACUUCCUGGUUGUCCACUUGAUGCUGUGCACUGAACCUUUUGGGGUUUAUCUCCACUACACAUUUAUAAUAGUUUACCUGUCGUGGCAAAGAAAUCUGGGAAUUGACAUUUGUCAGGGGUGCUGAGAACUCGUGCCUCGAGAUUCCCUUGCCUUCCUUAGCGGGUAGCAACAUUGCUGGCCUCGUGAGUAGCAGAAACCACAGGAGGAUCUUGGAAGCGGUGGGGCCCAUCUCCCAGUUGGGCUCUUGUGGGGGUGUCUGUGCUGGUCCACUGGGUGCACGACAGAAAGGAGAGCAAGACCGCUACAGCAUGGAGCGAAUGACCUGGCCAGCAGAUGCAAACGCGGAAGGGUCAAGAAAAGAAGAAUCUGCUGGCGAACGUGAGAUUGGGCACGCAACAGCCGCCGAGGGAAAGGCCCGGUGGGUCCCUGGCAAGGGGAAGGUGUUGUGCUCAAGACAUUUCAAGUGGGUGGAAGGAGUGGGGAAGGCCAUGGCUGGCUUGGGCUUUUAGAUGGCGGAAAAGCCAGCACCCACUUCGAUCCCAGGGAAAGGCUUUUGAAUCCGGACUUUGCACCAUCACUCCCAGGCCGCCAAUGUAGCUCGAAGGUAGGGCAGCACCUGUGAGCAUGAAAAUGCAGAGAAGUGGAGGGGAGAUGGCACAGCUUUUGGCAAAGGCAGAUUGGCUUGCACCUCCUGCCCUUUGCUGCACCUCCCCACCUGCUUUUUUUGGUAUGUUCCAGGCACAGUUGCGAAGGAACAAAGUAAUAAAAAUUCCUAACAGAAAGAUGAGGCCAUGAGCUCUUCAUGCACUGCACCCGGGUAGCAAUUCUAAAACAUCAAAGUCCCUCUUUAGAAA